GUGCAGGGAGCUCUUCUCGCCGCAAAACUUGUCACCAAAGAUGGCGAAUUGCUGAGUGCUCAUGGAUGUACACAUUUGUAGGCUACUUGUUAUUUUACCUGAACUGACAACUUUGACAAGAAAAUAGCUGCACAGAGGGCGUUUUCUCCUCGAUUCACUGAAAAAAGAAACGCCAAUUGCCGCUACCAUGCAGAUCACACUGAAAACACUGCAACAGCAGACAAUUCAGAUUGAGAUAGAUCCCGAACAAACGGUGAAGGCUUUGAAAGAGAAGAUCGAAGCAGAACGAGGAAAAGACAAUUUUCCUGUGUCUGGACAGAAAUUAAUAUAUGCUGGUAAAAUUCUUCAAGAUGACACGCCCAUUAAGGAAUACAAAAUAGAUGAGAAGAACUUUGUUGUUGUGAUGGUUUCAAAGGCUAAGCCCGCUGCUGCUGCCUCUCCUCCUGUCUCAGAAGCGCCCAAACCUCCCUCACAAGAGUCCACUGCCCCUGCCCCAGCUCCUGCCUCUGCUCCUGCCCCCACCCCCUCAGCAGUGCCCACUCCCCCCGAUGAGCCCAUGGAAGAGGCCAGAGAGGAGCCCAAAGAGGAGCCCAGUGCUGCAGCUGGAGAACCGCAGCAACCUGCCAGCUCCAGUGGCAGCAGUCAGAGCAUGGACCCCUCGUCAGCUCUUGUGACGGGGGCGGAGUACGAGAACAUGCUGACGGCAAUCAUGGCAAUGGGGUAUGAGCGGGAACGAGUGGUGGCUGCUCUUAGGGCCAGCUUCAACAACCCGCACAGAGCCGUGGAGUACUUGCUCACUGGCAUCCCCAACAGCCCGGUCCAGGAAAGCAACCCUCCCCCCUCCGGACCCACAGAAGCCCCAUCGGAAGGAGAAAACCCGCUGGCGUUCCUACGGGUUCAGCCUCAGUUCCUCAACAUGAGACGGGCCAUCCAGCAGGACCGCUCCAUGCUGCCCUCUCUGCUGCAGCAGCUGGGCCGGGAGAACCCCCAGCUCCUACAGCAAAUCAGCCAGCACCAAGAGCGGUUUAUCCAGAUGCUGAAUGAGCCGAUGGGGGGAGGCGGAGACGCCCCAGAGCUGGGAGACAUUGGAGCAGCUGGAGAAGAGGGAGCUCCUGUGAGCUACAUCCCAGUCACUGCUCAAGAGAAGGAGGCCAUCGAGAGGUUAAAAGCGCUGGGUUUCCCUGAGCCGAUGGUAAUCCAGGCCUACUUUGCCUGUGAGAAGAACGAGAACCUGGCGGCCAACUUCCUCCUGAACCAGGAGCUGGAUGAAGACUGAGCCCUGGCCCCUCCCUCCUCCACUCAGAGACUGCAGCCCCCCACACACACCUGCCUGUGGGGGGAGGGGGAGAGGGGGACGCCUUGUGUGUGAGAAGGCUAGAUCAUGGAGGGAACGUCAAAUCCUCUUGAAUUCCAAUGGAAUAUGUGGGGUUUGUUUUGGGAGAUCUCUACUUUGAUUUUAGACGCGCUUUGUGAUUGUUAGGGAAAGGGUGCGACGAGCGAGAGCAAGUGUCUGUGUGCCUGUGCUGAUGGAUGCAAUGCAGUUAAAGCUGAAAGCGUAAUCAUUGAGCGGUAUCUAAGACUGUUCAUGCUGUAGCCACACGACAGAAGCACUCAUCACCACUCCUCAUGAAGGACUCUGCUGCCGGUGUCUGUCCACACACCACCACAGGACAAACUCUCUCCUGUUACCUCUGUUACACCAAAUCAUCUUCUGCCUCAUAGGCAUUAUCAAUGAAAAGAAUUCACUUACCGGGACAAAACUAUGGUAAUGAAAGUACUUCUUGCACUUAAUGGUGUUCGAAUAAUUAAAGUUCAAAGUAUCAUGUCAGCCAUCUUCAGACCUUUUAUGUUUCCAAAUCUUGGCACUUGUGGAUUCUUAUUACUGUUCUCACACAUUGUUCGUUUCUACCUUCGCUCUUUAUUUCUGCCUUUUUGGAUAGACUAACUUUUUUUUAUUCUAAUUUGUGUAAACAUCUGUUCUAACCAGUUGGGUCUUUAAAUACUGACAAUAAGUGUUCGGUUUGAUUAUUUUCUGUUUAAAAUGACAAAAUUAUCCCUUCUAUACUUUAAACACACAAACAUCUCCUGAAACAAUGAAAAAUAAAGAAAUGUACUGCUGAAUGUGACCCAAAGAGUGACUGAAAAUUCAUUGAAAUCUUGCCACUUCUGAGAUUGGAAUUGUUCUGAUCGGCCUUGGGAGAAGCACAUUGUAUUGAUCACUUUCUAAUUAUUGAUCAACCAACUGAGUAUUUUUGCAUGUUCUGAACUCACAACAUACUAAUGAUCCUGGGAUAUGUUCACGUUUCAUAAUUUCAUAUUUUGUGUUACGAAUGAAACCUCUAAAUAUGUGGGUCACCAAGCAUUUUCCACUUCAGUACAACCGGUCCAUUGAAGUAUGCUGAUGGUGUGGAAAUGCUAACACCAAAUCGCUAACUGUGUUCAGAGGUGUGUAAAAUAAACUGUAUUGUAUGUGCAUGUGAGAGUGGUACUUUGCUUGGGGCAUAUUUCACUGUAACUGUGUGAGAUGGGGAGGUAUGGCAUGACAAGUGUGCUUUCUUUUCAGCUUUUGUGGGGGUCACAAAAGCACAAUGUAAACAAACCCAUGUGUGUGAGCUGCCACUGUUCUACAGCAUCAACAUGAGCUUAGAUGAGCUGUGCUACAUUAAAUAUCAGUCUUUCAGG